AUGAAUUUUUUUAACUCAGCAGCAUCCAUGUGCAGAAGAGUUAGUUUGAGGGAACUAAUCACCGAGGCUCCUGCUUACGGUGGCAGUGGCAUUUCCGAUGGUUCUUCAAGUGGGUUGAGUUUGGUCUUAAAGCGUUGGGCUACUAAGAAAACCGCAGGUUCCACAAAGAACGGUCGUGACUCUAAACCCAAGAAUCUCGGCGUCAAGAAAUUCGGAGGAGAGAAUGUGAUACCGGGGAACAUAAUAGUGCGUCAACGCGGAACUCGGUUUCAUCCUGGAGACUAUGUCGGGAUCGGGAAGGACCAUACUCUGUUUGCAUUGAAGGAAGGACGAGUCAGGUUCGAGAAAAACAAGAUAACGGGACGCAAAUGGAUUCAUGUUGAUCCAAAGGAAGGUCAUGUUCUUCACCCUAUCUACACGAAAGCUGUAGCCGCCAAGUCGACCAAGAUGGAGACGGCUUCGUCCUUGUGA